AUGUUUGCCUUCUCAAGGAGAACUGUCUGCCAUCAGACUCCUCGAAGAAUUCGGAACCGAGUUGUUAUCCUGGAGCGGCCAUCCUCUACGGCUUCCCGCAGAAUUUCCUUCGAUGAGCAUGUACGAGAUUGUAACUCGUUGCAGGCGCUGGACAAGGUCAUCAGGUUCGCUACCAGUGGAGCAUGGGACAUCCAUAACACAACUGUUCUCUAUGCCUUCUCGUACCAGUCGGAUAGGAACAACAACGACCGCAACCCAGAGUGCCACCAGCUGCUAGCCCAGAUUCUACAGGCCAAGAAGCUAAGGGUGAUGGAGCGAGAGGACGUCGACUUUGGAGAUGGCCACACGGCCAUCCUCAUCCAGUCCUUCCAUCCAUCGUGCGCGGUCAACAAUGACGAGUUCAGGCCAGAGUACCGGGCGCUGCUGAUCCAUCACUUCAUUGCCGCCUUUGCAGAGCUCCAUGGCAAGCAUGAACUUCUCGAGGACGUCGAAGACAUUCGACAGCUUCGCCUCAAGAAAGGGCAGCACAGUCCAAAGGACACAACGAACUUCGCGUCGUGGGAGGCUGCGGCUUUAUUUCCAGGGCACUCGAGAUGGAGACGAAAUAUUCUGGUCUGGAAGGGUCGUUCCCAGUCGAGUGGGCCGACGAUGGACCGUAUGACAGGUUUCGGAACUGGGGACAACAUCUUAACAACAUCCAUCACCAAAGCCAUGGCCUACUGGGAGCACCAUUUCAGUGACGACCCCUUAUAUGACCAGGUCGUAGACUUGCUUCGCUUGCAUGGCGGCCAACAGCUCGGCUGGCUUAAUGCUUCAGGCACCACCGAUAACAACACCGCCCCUGAGAUGCCACCGUCCCUAGAAGCCUAG